AGAUCCAUCAGUAUUUGCAGCUUUUAAAAAUGUUGGAGUGGGAAGCCUUGUUGAAUGAAUUUACCCAUAUAUCUUAAGAUUCACGAACAGGUAACAAAGUGGAAGGAUAGGGCUUGGAGCUAUGCCAGGGCUUCGGUCUCUGGUAGCUCGGAGGAGAUCUGCCCUCAUUUCUCCUCAGUACUCACCUAGCAGCAAAACACCACCUCCACCUAGCACUCCUGGUGCAUUCUACAAUGCUCAAAAGAUUGAAAGGCGUUGCAACAGUCUUCCAGGACAGGUGAGUUUAGAUGAAUCAGAGGCAGAUGAGGACUCUAAGCUUGUGCGUCCAUGUGUGAGUGGGUCAGAUCUUUUUAAUGGAAUAAAUAAUGGCUCUCUGUUUGAUGCAAAACAAAGCAUUAUUAGUGAGAAACAUGAAGACAGAGCCAGUUCUUCAAUUGAAAAAGUAAAUUCUAGUAGAGCCAGUUCUUCAGUUGAAAAAGUAAAUUCUAGUGAGAGGGGCAAUAGUUUAUAUUGUGCAGGUAAUAGUAAUAGUAGUAAUAGUAGCAGUGAUAAAACUAAAUCUGCAAUGGAAAUAGAGUCGAAGUUAGCAAGACGUGGUGUAACUGUUGUCAGACGAAUGGUAGAUGGAGAAGAGGGUAUGACGAAUAUCAGGAAAGAGGUUAUAACAUUUCCUUUGAAAGAUUCAGUCAUAACUGCUAAUCCACUUGUUACCAAAGAAAAUAGUAAAUCUAAUAUUGAAGAGACUGUAAAGGAACAGAAAACCAUUCCAACUUCUGUUUCAUCUGGUUUUUCAAGCUCAACUGAGGAGCCUAGGCAUGGAUUGGGAGGGGCUCAGGACCAUCAUUUACCAGAUGACUCUCAAGAAUAUUAUGAACAGCCUCAAGUCUCAGACUCUUAUGGCAAGUCAGGCAAAAAUGUAAGUGAUGGACGCUUAGAAUCAGGUCAGUCUCAUUCGCAGUCAGAUUAUGAGUCAAAUAUCCCAGUUUCCUCACAUUAUUCAGCUCAGCCAGCUAAUUCUGACCCCUCAGUCAAUAACAGUAUUCAACGAUUUAAUAGUCACUCAUAUUACAGUCAGCAUCUGCCCCAGCAGAAUGUCAAAGAACGUGGUAUGCGUGACAGCCCUUCAAAGACUGCUGAAUAUCCUUGUGUCAAAGAAUCUGCCAGUUCAAAUACCCAUGGUGCACUGAAAACAAAUUCAGGUGAAAUGUCUGCCCCCCUUGGUCCUUCAGGUUAUCCUUGUAGGUCUGCAGCUCAAUAUUCCCCACAAUCAAGGUCUUACCAGCAGACAACCACACCUGUGAGAGUUUCUCAAUUUCCUGAAACGCCUUCUCCAUUGUCAAAGUCUUGUGAAGUGUCUCCACACUCCAAAUCUGCAGACAUGUCACCUUACUCCAGAUCUUCAGAAGCAUCACCAUCAUCAAGGACUGCUCAGAUGUCCCCUCAUUCUAGGUCAUCUCAGAUAUCACCAUUGUCAAGAUCUGUGAAAGCCUCUCCACAGUCAAGAUCGUCUGAAGUCUCCCCCCAGUCAAGAGCACAAGCAUCACCUUUAGCUAGGUCUGAUCAUUCUCCAAAGUCUAGGUGUGUUGGAUUAUCUCCACAGUCUAAUUCAGUAGAUUCUCCUCAAUCCAGAUCUGGGCAUCAGUCACAGGCUAUUCAGCCUUUAAACCAGAAUCAUAAUCAUCCAGGUGUGAAUCCUCCUUUGCAUUCAGUUGGUAAUACUCACCUGUCUAACUCUGAGAGACACAUAACACAAAAUAUACCUAUGUCUCAUCCUUCACAGGCCAUAUCUGCUGGCUCACUUCAGCAAGGAAACCAGUCAGGUAGAUUGACUAGUUCUAGUGCUCCUAGUGGUUUUUCAAAUAAUCCAGCUUCAGAGUUUCAUAGCCGUUCAGUGUCAGACAUGUAUGUUUCCUGUAACAGUUCUGAAGUGUUGUCCUCUCAGUCAAAUGCAGUAGGUUUUCCAACACAAUUGAAUUCUGGGGGGUUUGGUAUGCAUCCAAAUGCUGGAAGUUUUCUAGGUCAAGGUAGUGGUGUAUCAUUUGCAGGUCACCCUUUAGGAUAUCCUCAGGAAGGGACUAAUGCUCAGUAUCCAAGUAUCAAUGCCUCAGGAGGGAUGGUUCCAAAUUCAAACACUAUGGGUUUUGGCAAUAUUACUAAUUGUGGAGGAUUUCCAUUGCAUGAUAUCUCAAGUCUUUAUGGUUCUCAUCAUAAUGCAAGUGUUUAUAAUAUCCACAGUGGACCAGGUAACAUCCGUUGUGCUAAUUCUUCUGAAGUGCUGAACUAUGCCACUCCCCGUGACUUUUCCAUGCAUACUCCAUAUAGAGAUUUUCCUUCAUAUAGUAGCUCCAGUCACAUACCAAAUCAAGUGCGUUCUCAGGAGAUUACACAUAGCCAAAGAGAGGUACUUCCUAACUCCAGUUCAAGAGAUACACCUUUACAGAAUUGUAAUCAAGUAAUGCCGAUUCAUCAUAGUGUAAGAAAUUCAUCUGUUGGUUCUAUGGGACGUGAAAGUCAUGUACUUCAGAAUUAUGGAGAUCAGCAGUUGCAAAUUGGGUACAGGGGAUCAUCACAUUAUCAGCGGUCGAGCUCAGAAAUUUCUUCCCAUCCUGAUAACAGAAAUUCUAAUAUGUGUCAGAACUUUAGGGAAUCUGCAUCACAUUAUAAAUCAAACCAACUUUCAAGUAGCUACAGGGAUUCAGUUUCCCUUGACAGGAUGAGAAAUACACCUGCUCCUUCCUCAUAUAGAGAACAUACUGUUCUCACUAGUCCAAAUGACUAUCAGUCUUCUGAUACAAGAACCUCAAAUCUUCAUAGUGGCUAUAGAGAACAAUCAGUUCUAGCUGGUUAUAGAGACCCUGAAACAUUAAAUAAUUAUUUAGUAACACAUGGAACAUCUUUACCACCAAGUUUUCGGGACUCUAAUUCACAUUCGAGCAACAGAGAGCAAGCCCCUCCUGGCUACCGAGAUUUGGUAUCUCAAACUAGUCCAACAGAACAACCUAUACCUCUUCCUGCAUACCAAGAUAUUAUGAAUCCUGUAAAUUCUAGAAGUACCAUACGGUCCAAUUACCCAGAAGCAGUAAAUCAUGCUAGUCCUACUGAAACACUUUCAUCCCGAUAUAGAGAUCCAGUUAGUCAUACUAGUCCUGGAGAGCAGAUUCAAGGGUAUGGAGAUUGUGUGAAUCAUGGUAACACUAGAGAUAUGUUGCCAGGUUUCCAGGAAAUGCAAAGUCCUUCAUCUGCUGGUGAGCAAGAAUUACCUGGUUAUAGGGAUAAUGUUGCACAUUCAAGUCCCAGAGAUCAAGUCAUGCUUGGUUAUCAACAUUCAUUAACCCAUACUAGUCCCAGGCAUCAUCCUGUACCAUCUCAUGGAAUUCCUGUGGAGCAAAAUAUUCCAUCUUAUCAAGGAAUGGACCACUCAAGUCCACGAGAUCAUCAAGCUUAUUCUUUAGUACAGAAGGAUAGAACUCAUGGAUAUCAAGAAAAUAAUCAUACUAGCCCGAGACAAAGCCUUCCUAGUUAUGGCGAGGGAGUUGGGCAUGGUAGUCCUAGUAAGGGUCUUUCAGGGUACAGAGAAACCAUAGAAAGUUCAUGUUCUAAUCAGCAUGUGUUGUCAAGGCUUAAAGAGUCCACUGGUUAUGGGGACAUAAGAAAUUCUUUAGAUUGUAACUCUGUUGAAGCAGUAAAGAGAGACACACAUGAUUUUGAAUCAGGAUAUGAUGAGUCAGUUGGUAAUACAUCGUCUCAAGAAGCUGUUGGUACAAAUAAUUAUGGAGACCUUCAUGGCCUUCAGAACUUCCGAGUCUUGUCGUCUCAGCAUAGAUCCCAUGGUGAAUUUGGGGAUACAUCUAAUGAAACGAAAACUGCUGUGCUUCCUAGUUUUACGGAAUCCUUUGAAAAUGCUAGUCACAAUAAAUUAUGUAUUAAUAAGUCAUCUUACAAAGAUGCUAGAGAUCUCUCUUACUAUGGUGAUACAAGGCUCAAUUCAACCCCUCUCAAUUGUGAUAAGUAUAGUGAAGAUGCAUCAUAUGAGAAAAUAGUUGCAAGCUCAAGUGGUGAAGUUGCACAUGAAAAUCAUACAAGUGGUGCAGUAAGUGGUGACAUAAGGAGCACAUCUGGUUGUGGGGAAGCAUGCAAUGACUCCUGUGACAGUUACUCGGUGGUAGAGAAAACCCCAGAGCAAAUCAUGUCUUCAAAACAUUUAGAUGACAAAGUAGUCGGAGAUGCUUCUUGUAGUGGCAACCCUGCGUUUAUAGAUGUUGAUGAUAAUGAGGAUGGUGAUGGUGAUGGGACUGAAAUGGAAUGUGCGCCAGUGAAAUCAGACAAGUCAGCAACUGAGUGUCACAGCCUGAAAUUAAGGGGAAAGAGUCAUGGUGCUUCCCCUGAAAUGAUCAGUAACCAAAGGGAGCAACCUUACCCAUCUCACAGUUCACAGCAUGAGGAAAAACUUCAUAAUCAGUCUGAGUUUAGUUCAUUGAGAUCUACAGCUGGCUUGAGUUCUGAUGAAAAUUUGGACAAAGAUGAUGAAGGAGAAUCGUCUGGGAAGUCCAAUCUUGUAGCCUCUCCUAGUUCUCAGGAGAGAAUUGUUAUUAAGAUGAAAUUAUUGCACAGCAAACCAGAUGAAAGUAGCUUCCAUAGUGGGAAGUAUUCAGGUAACAGUGAUGUUGGAGCUGACCGUGGAAAUCACAUUAGGUAUCCAAUGGUCAAAUACACGAGAUGGACUAUUGAUAGUAUUAUAAAUGGGAGGGAAGAUGGUGGUGCUGAAGUUCUAAGUCCUGGGACCAUUAAAAGGGAAGAGGAAGAUAACCCUGACAAUCAUAUAUCACAACCUGAAAGUCCUAGAAGAACUCGUAAACGAAGGAACUCAGGCUCACUUGCUGGUUCCAAAGUAACGAAGUUUGACACAAACAAGAAUGUAAUGAAAAAGCCUCUGAAAAUCACAAUCACAAAUCCACUGCGUGCCCGUGUUUCUCCCAUGGAAAAUGCUGAUACUAAGUCAUUGCUUGUGAAAUGUGAAAAUGUAGGUAGUAGUGCUAUAAAACAGGAACAAGAAGAUCCCUGUGUAGGAUCCCGUGAUAUGGUAAAUUUAGAUGAACCUACGAGUGAAGUGAUAUCUUUAAGGAAUAUCAGGAAGUAUCAAAAGUGUGCUAAUGCCCCUAACAAUGAAAGUCUUUUUAGCUCAAGUAGUGCCUCACGUGCAACUCGUGCCAGUCGAAAACAAGUUGAUCAGAACAGAAUGACGAGUGAAGACUUGGCACUGAUUUCUAGUGCUGCUAGCGAAGGCUUUGGAUGCUCUAUACCCAAGAUUAAAAAGUGUAGCAUUGUUAUAAAACGCAUAUACACUGAAGACAAUUAUAGUUGUUACAGCAGUCGUUUAUGUGACAAACACCAAAAACCAAAUGUGAAAAUUGCGAGAGGUUCAGUAUUUGGAAGCAUUAUAGAUGAAAAAAGGCCAAAACGCAAAGCUGCAAUAGAGGCUAAUGAAAGAAGACACAAAUCUCUUAGGUCAUUUGACCGAUCACUGGAGUUAUUUAAUAAUGUUAAUUCAGAUAAAGUUCCCUAUAAUGGGCCUAUCAGUAAGUACAGAAAUCUUUUACCAGUGCUAAAACCACCUCUGCCAGUAGUAAAGACCUCUCUUGUGACUGAGGAGCAGAAUAAUUUACCUCAGUGUUCAGUUUUGCUGUGUGAUAUAUUUAUGAACCGCCGUAUCAAUAAAAUGAUAUGUCCGGGCUGUUCAAGAAAUUACAACAGCUCUGAUAGUGUUCAGGUGAAUUUGACAAAGAUGGAAAUGUCAUUAAUAUGCUUCCAGUGCCAUUGGGAAGUGAUUAAGCAUAUUAAACCACGUGAAGUGGAGGCAAUGGAACCUAGAUGAGACAGGCUGAAGUCUUUUUGUUGUUAUUAUGUUUGAGUUGUGUUAUUUUAUUUGCAAAAGAAAAUUAUACCUGGUGAUAAUAGUAAGUGAAUAGUAUGAAACAUUUCAUUAUUCACAUAUUGAAAGUGAGUGUGUGAAUUGAGAAAGCAUUGUACAUUUUCAAGGUCUUUAAGGAAAAGGUACUGUAACUAUGUUGUGAAUGAUGGUGUUUGAAAUAUUUUAGUCAUUGCCUCAUCUUGCUUUUUUAAUAUUUGUACAUUAUUUUCUUUUAAGAAAAAAUGAGAUAAUUGUUAUAGAAUAUCAACCUGUUUCCCUUAUAGUUUUGCCAUAGUUUGCCAAUAAAUCCUAACUGCUGAAAGAAAGAAACCAGACAUUCUUAUCUAUCUUACCAUUGAAUUUGAUGGUAGCCAGUGUAAUUUUACCCCCAUGGUGCCAUCAUUAUUAGGUCUUGUGCCAUAUACUUAAAGAAUGCUUCAUUGAAGCCAUAUGCUCUGCCAGGUGUGUUAAUAGUUGUGACAUUUCCAUGUUAAUUGCUCCAUUAUUCUUCUAUAAAUGUAUUUGAUGUAAGAAGUAUGGAGAGUUUUGCUGCCUCUUCUUACAUGUAAUAAUACUCCUUGUGUCAGUUACUAUUCAAACAUUGUAUCUUGUAUAUGAUGAAAGAAGCAAUUAUUUGUGUAUAUCUUAAUUUUAAAUAUCAUUGCCUCAUAUUGUUGGCAUAGUAUUAAUUGCAGUUGUUUCAGAUUGCACAAAGGUAUAGUACUAAAUACAGUUUCUUGAAUUUGAGAUUACUAGUUUUAUUACAGCAAACUAGUCAAGAGAAAUAAAUUUUGACAGGAUGGUUUGUAGUGAUGGGAUGUAACAAUUAGGGUUUUAACGGUGAGCUGAGGGUUACUUUGGACUCCCGAUUUUAUGAAUGUGCUGAUGUAAAUGUAGAAGUAACCUUGAUGUACAUUGCAGUGCUAAGAAUUGAUAAUAGCAAAGAUACAUGUCAUUUGUUUGUUAGUUGCAACACUUGUGUUGUCAGGGCAUCUAUGUCCUCAAGGCUCCUCACUUGAGAUUCUUAUUCUUCCCCAGGUUUCCUCUCGUGCAUUUGAUGCUCUCUGACAUUUGAGGAUUCUCUCUCUCUCUCUCUCUCUCUCUCUCUCUCUCUCUCUCUCUCUCUCUCUCUCUCUCUUUCCUUCUUUCCUUCUUUCCUUCUUUUUAUGUAGAGUAGUACUGGUUAACCUAAAUAACACUGUUAAGUAAGGUUGUUUAGUCAGAUAUUUUGUUUGAGUAGACAACUGAAGCAAUUGGUAAGUAUGUCGUCAAUGAUGAGUGAUUGUCAAUGUUCUUUAAUAUUUUAAUGGCUCUGUCAUAUAAGAAUUUACUUUAAUAAUACAUUAAUGUCUCUCCAUCAGUCAGCAAAUUAUUGUCAUUGUUAUUUGAAGUUUAAAACAAGAGAGUAAAUGAUGACUGAUACCAGUACCUCACAUUAAUAGAAUCCCUCUGGCUUACAGUGUUUUGCUGAUAGUAGUUAUCUCUUCUUGAGAAAUAGAAUUUGUUGUUUGUUUGUUUGAAGGGCCUAUGGGAGGUUUAUCAUGCAUUUGUUUUUGCAAUAUCUUGUAAUUGGAUAACACCUUAGAUAACACCUUACAGAAUUUUGCAAUGUAUUUCUAUUAUUUUUGAUGGCAGCAAAUGGCAAGAUUUUAUGUAACCAUUGCAAUGGAUGUAAUUUAUACUUAUGUACAGGUUAGCCUAUUGCAACAAUAGACUUAUGUUUUUGGUAAAGAGUUUGUACUCUUAGGAAAUUCAGGUGCAAAAAUAAAGACUAAUUUGCAAGAGGUUGCUAUUUUUCAUGAUAGUGUCAUGAAUAAUGAUAGUACAUUGAGUGUUUCCAUGUUGUGAAGAAAUUUUAAUAUACCAAAGACAUUAAUUGAUGUCAGUGGUUUUCUUAUGGUACCAAACUUUUUCUUCCAAGUUGUUUAAAGUGAGGGUUUUUGGGAAUUUGGUGUACCAUUGUAUGAUAUACGCCAAGAUUGCUUCUAAGUUGACAUCAGCAAAAUGUAAGGAAUAUUGUACUUGAAUGAUUCAAGAAAUUCCAGAUCAUUUGUUGUAAGGGAGAUUGAACAACUCUUCCUUGUAGCAAAUCAGUACCUGAUAUUUGUAACAUAGAAUGUGCACGCAUACUUUUCUUAUUCAAGCAUUUGUAGAAUUUAAAGAUGCAUAUUGUGACGGUUACUAGUUUUUUGUCCUUUUUUAUGUAAAUUACUGAUUUUUUAAGAGAACCCCUUUUUUAUAUUGUAAAGAAGGCUUGUGUAGUGAAAGAUAUAUUCAAGAGAACUUUCUUCCCAAGAAUGUUACUGAAAGUGUUACUGCUGUAUUGAAUCUUGAUCUGAAUGAAAUAAAUUUACAUUUUUUAAUUUAAAUGCAAAAAAAGUGACUUGAGAUACAGAUAAACAUUCUCUCCAGUAAUAAUUGGUGUUGAUCUAAUUUCCACUUUUAAUAUUUUCUGUCAUACCAUAUUUACCAAAUAUUUUCUGUCAUACCGUAUCUGCCCCAAAGAUCAUUCAUUAUAAUUGCAUUUUAUUACAUAAACUAUAGUACAUCAACCCCUCAACUUAUUAGAAUUUGUACUUAUUGGCUACAUUGUAAUGGUAGUUUUUUGUUAGGCUGCCCUUUUAUACACGAUGCAUUCUGCAGGUAAGUCUCUUAAAUUGAGUGAUAAGUGUAAAAUACAGUUGAGUUUAGCUUAGAAUUUACAUGGAAUUGCUGUUAGCUGUGGAUAUCUUUCAUGUUCAAGUGUAGGCUACUCUGUAGUGUCUUUAUCUAUGAGUUUGUUACUUAAUAGAAGGCCAGACUGCCAAAGGCAUCUUAUAAUUUGAGGGAUACUGUAUUUUGAAACAGUAUUAUAAUUUUUCCCAGCCCCUGAUAAUUGCCAUGUUUUGGGAGUACUAUGCUGUUAUUUCAUUGCAAUAUUAAACACUUGUCUGUCCAGUGUUUAGAUUUUUAUUUGUCUGAGAUUGCAGGUUACUUCUUAUUGUUAUAAAGGAUUAGUUUAUCCAGACCUCUGAGCCUAAUAAAGGCUCUUCUCCAAUCUUCACGAACUAUAUAAGGAAGAUAAGUUAAUUGCUAAUUUUUUUUAUAGAAAUUAUGUUGUAUUUACCAUUUAAAGUUAUCAGAAUGGUGGAGUUCACUGUCUGACAGUUAGUGUCAGUUGGUAAAAAUCAAAAGUUUGCUUUCAGUUUCUUGGGAAAAAUAAGUUUUUUAAUAUUGAGUACAUUUUAUUCACAAAUUGUAAAUUACAAGCUUUCUGUAUUGCAUUUCCUAAUAACUUUUAGUUAUGUGAAAUACAGUACUAUAUAUUUUUCUAUUUUAAGAAUAAUUAAUACUUGUAUUGUUUUGCUUCUAGAAUUUUUAUUUUUAUACUUUUGACAUUAGCUUAAGUCUUUUCAGAAUGGUUUUAUUUUUUAUUUAUGGUUGGAUUGGAUGACAGGUUGUGUGGUAUGUGGCAUUUAAACAGUUUUUAUUUCAAGUAGUUUAUUUAAGGUUUAAAUAUUUGCAGAUACAAGCUAAUUAUACUGUUAUGGUUACCAAAGAGCUUUUGAGGGCUGUGACUCCAUCAGUGAUGUUGCUCUCUUAGCCAUAAUGCUUUAGAAUAUACUUUUGACAUACCCCAUUCUUUGUAUUCUCUUUUGCAAAUUUAGUCCAAGUACCCUAUAUUUUACAAACUUUUAGUAAUGAAAGUUCUAUUUAUGGUAUCAUAAAGAUGUCUGGAAUUGGUUACAGUAUUGAACAAACAGUGAGAAAUAACUUAAUACCAAUAUUUUAUGUAUAAUUUUCAGUGCACAUGGAACUGGAGAGUUCAUAUUGUCUAUGUAAAGGCUAAAAGUAAGAUAAAUUAGGCAAAUUAUUUAGUGCCAUAAAUCAUAAAAGGAUUCUUAUUUGAUAGGUUAUGUGAAACAAAUACGUAUAUGGCUCAGCAUCAGACACUGUCUUAAAAUCCUUAGGUAGAAUUCAUAAUGAAGGGCUUGCAAUUUGUACUAAAGGUUACAAAUGUUUCUUAUUUCCAAAUAAUUUGAAAGGUGGAUAAACCUUGGAACAGACUCAGACUCAGACUCUGUUCUAUGCCUUUUGGUCAUGAUAAUUGGCCAGGCAGCUUUUAUGGGUAGUACACAAAUUUUAAUGGAUGAGAACUGAAUGCAUCUGGUGGGAAACACCUGUGAAUUGUUUCCAGUUUUCACUUUUCACAUCUGUUACAAGAUGGAAACAUGUAUUACUGGCAUCACAUAAGUGUUUGGAAGGUUAAUUUUGCAAGGUACAAAUAUUGCUAGUUUCCAUACCUUAUCACUCAUACUUUGAAAUGUUGGUAGCAAUAUCAAGAGCAACUUGCUUCAAGUUUUUUUAUGAACUUCAUAUUAAUGUUAUUUUGCAGUGUGUAAAUAACACCCAGCUUUGUAUUAUACAUUGUAGCAAGACAGCAUUGCAUUAACAUUAUAGCAACACACAACAAUGUAUUUACACAUUUUAGCAAUACACGGUAUUGUAUUUAUGCAUUAUGAUAACACACAGCUUUAUAUUUGUUGUAUGGCAACACACACCACUAAAAUCUUUAAAAAAUUGACUGCUGCUAAAUAAAUUCCAAUUUCUUGAAAGGUCAACACUACUAGGAUACAUGCAUAGUUCAGUUUGGCUGAUAGUUAGGUGAUUUUUAUGAAGUUGACCUUUAUUUCUAUAUAUUCCCUCUUCAUUAGUAAUUUGUAUCUUGGCAAGUGUCAGAAAACCUGGUAAUAUAAAAUAUUUAAAUUGUUAACUUUUGGACGACCAUAACUGGACUUAAAACUUCAAACUUUCCUAUCAACAAUCCAGUGCAAGAUCUUGUGGUGCCUCACAGUCAUGCCAGGGAAGUGUGUCCAUUAUAUUUUGCUAAUGUUACUUUUUACUAUUUCAUAAAAAAUAACUGUUACAGGCAGUCCCCGGUUAUCGGCGGGUGUUCCGUUCUCAGAGGGGUGAUUAUAAGCGAAAAACUACCAUUAACCUCUAAACUCUGUGAUUUAUGGAGCCAUAAUGGCACCUCUGUUAGGUAUGUUAUGGCCCCAUAACUUAUUAUUGCCGCUUUAUGGCAUGCCAUAAGGCUCUUUAUGGCGCUGAUAACUGGAACUCGGCCCGUUAUGGCGCCAUAAAUCACCGAUUUUAUUGCGCUAGACAAGGACCAUAAAACCGGGUCACUGAUAACCAGGGACUGUCUGUAUAAUGUUCUUUUGCCUUUUGCUUUAGAUAUUAUGAUGAACUGCAAAUCUUAAAGGCCAUUUUUAGUUUUGCAUUUCUUUUCUUUUUCUUUAUUUAAAUCUUCAACUAAAAAAACUUCUGAAUAGUAAAUAAAUCCAGGUGGUCUCCAAAGGGAAAUCAGCUUGUAAAGAGAGGUAACUUAUAGGACAGAGGUAAUAAAUAACUAAAUAGGGAAUGGGGAAAAAAGGUGGAUUCACGUUAAUUCAGGAGAUGUCAGCAGAAAGCAGGAAUGAAUUUGCUUUAACAUCUGGAGAUCAGAAGAUUCCACAACUACACUAGGCAAAUUAUUCUACAUUUUAGUUGUAGCCAAAAUAAAACUAGGAAACAACAAACUAUUUGCACCACCAACCUGCUUAGUGUUGGAAGCAAACACAGGUAGAUCAGGUAAAGGUCAGUGCAGAGGGUUGUCAUUGCAAUACAUUUUAUGCACCUGACAUAGUAAACUCACUUUACAUCUAUGCCACAAGCCAAUAUCAAAGAGUUGGCAAAAUAAACUAUAAACUUGACUGAUGACAAAGGUCUAAGAGGUUGAGAUGAAAGUCAGCACCUGGAGAACAGUGCUCCAAGCAGAGAAGAAGAAAAUCAUUAAAACAGAUACAGCAGUUUCAUCAUGAAAAAUUAAACCAAUUUUUUUUUUUGUAAGAUUUAGUUUGAAAAAUAAAGGAAGCAAUAUUUUCUAUAUUUUUCUCAAAAGUCAAUAACUUAUGUAAAGUUAAACCUAAAAUCUUAAAAUGAGUCAGAAAUUUAAAACCAUACCAUUUAAAUUUAAAUCAGGAUACAAAGUGUUCUGGAUUGACUAUCUUACUUGGUGUUUUAGAAAGUAUAAGCUUAUGGCAUCAUGAAUACUCUACCAUCAUUGGUGUAUGCAGUCAGUUUGUUUGCCAGACCUUGCCACAUUUCACUAGUAUAGAUAAUAAAUAGCAAAGGUCCAAGAACACUUCCUUGAAGAACACUUGCAAUUACUACAUUACUAAAGCUAUUGUACUGGCCAUCAACACAGGCCUUCAGGUUCUGCCUAUUAAAAUUUCAUUUAGAAUAAUAAUAAAAGAUCUACCAAUUCCUAACAAUCUUAGAUUUUAGAAAAGUGCUUUGUGAUUCACAAGGUAAGAGGCUGCAUUAAAAUCUAAACUGACCAUGCAUUCCUCUUCACUCUCAUCAAGAGCACUGCAGAAUGGUAGAUAUUGAUAAGAAUGCCUCACAAAUACCAAGGUCUUUAUGAAACCCAAAUGUUAUGCUAGUAGCAGGUUAGUAUCUUCAAUAUUUGUACAAAUCCUUAGCGCAGCUUCUCAAAUAUCAGAUAAAACAGGGGUAUUUAAAAUCUUAUAUUCUGAGGGGCAUGAAGAUGGACUUAGUCCUAUAGGUAAUGUAGUAAUGUUACCCUUCCUUGAAACAGAAGGAAAACUUGCUCUCAAAUGCAGCCUCCUGGCUACAUUAAAGAAAAUCCAGAUGUGUAGCAAGACUACAACAAAGAUUCCAGGCAAGCAGCCAUCAGCCUUUGUUAAUGAAAUCCAGGUGAGCAGCCACUGCAUCAAGAAUUAAAGUGUUAUCAAUUAUUCAUACAAGGCGAAGUAUUUUCACAAAGCUGUAAUACAUAAUGUUAAACAAGGACUUGAACACAAAUUCAGACAUUGAUCCUGAGGUUUGGCUCAAAGCUAGACUUGGAUCAAGACAGUUUGGACUGAGACUUUGGCUCCGACUCUACCUUGGGCUUAGAUGGUGUAGAUUUGCAGUUGGUUUUGGGCUCGAAAGAUGUGGACUCGAUUAUAACACUGCUGGUUGUUGCCUCAAUGCUUCCAUAUUUAUUAGAUUUUUUUAUAUUUCAUUCCUAAUCUAUCUCAGUCCAAAUUGGCAUCUUUCUAAUUUAAAUAUACUUUUUCCAAAAUAUGUAUGUCUUAUCUCAGCAUUUUGUAGUAUAAGCUCAGUGCUACAAGAUCUCAUGACACCUAGUCAGAAUUUCCAUCCAUUUUCUUUGCAGAUUCCCAAUUCUUCACUUUAUAGGGAAGCAUUUGCUUCAAGUAAUUAACAUAAUAGUAUUUUUGCUAUUUUAUAAAGGGAUAUUGUUCAUUACCACUAGUCCAAGUCUAUAACAGUUGAGUACUUUGAGUCAGUGGUCUGGUUGAACUUUUUCUUAUUGAUAACAGUAGUCUGGAUACAUUUCCACUUCAUCAUCUCGCUACUGCUUCACAUUCCAGUAUGUUGGCAAAUUAACAAAGUCUUUCCCUUCAGUAUAAAAUAUUGUUAUCCUUCAAUCUUCAUCAUAGUAGUCUUUGUCAUCACAAACCCAUCAUGCAUAUUGAGCCUAUAUUUGUGGGCUUGAAUUAUGCAAACAAUGCAGACCUCUGUUUUACAAUAAAAGAAAUUUUGUCAGAAUCUUUCAUCAUUUUUAAACCUGAUUAUCAAUAAAGACAGAUUUUUUGGGCUAGCCCUGUUAGAACUAAAUAAAUUAGCUAAUUGGUUUGGUUAAGCUUUAUAAUAAGAAACCACUAUCCACAAGUCCUUAGGAGAUAAUUGACUUGUGUUUUGUGUCUGCACAGUAGUUCAUAGAUUGAGUUUCCCAAACUGAAAAUUUUUUAUUAAUUGCCUUAAAAGCCUAGCUAAAACAUUAAAAACCAUGUUCAUUCUUUUAAUUUGCUCUCAUCGUGUUUAAUGAAUUAAUUCUAUUGCCAAAUGAAAUUAUUCCUUCUUAACAGAAGGUUUGACUUCAAAUACAACUAUGUCCAUCAUUGACAUAUUAUCAAGAAGAAAUUGCAAAUAGCUUUGACCUUUUGCCUAGUUGAUGAGGCAAACCAUAGCUUCAGUGAAUUUUGUUCAGCAGGGGGGGUUGUUCUUUGAAAUGUGAGUAGCAUUUGCUGCUUUGAUUAUGUGUCAAUGAGGUUGAAUGUUAUAAAAACAGCUGUAUAUGAUGCUUAUUUAAAAUCCUUAUGGAGAGCACCUGUAAAAUAACUUAAAGGGCUUGAGCUAGGAGCAGAAAUACAUUUCUGAGUCUCUUCGAGUAAGUAGGAUGUUGGCUGUGAUGAAAGUAUGGAACAAAUUAAGAUAAAUUUUGACUAGUACUAAUAAGAGCAAUGAGCCAGUUGAAAUGGCAGCACAUUUCAAACAAACCCUGAUUCAAUGAGAAUUCUGAAUAAUGCAGGAGAAUAUCAGGGAGAUAGGAUGCAAAGAUUUGACUUCAUGAUGAGAGCAUAUCCACUUUAAGGUCAUGACCUUUGAACAUGCUUGUUCAAGGUUUAUAUUCAAUUCUUUAAACAUUAAAAAAUCUUGGCUUUGUUUCAUGGAGACUGAUUGACCAAGAACUUAACAUUAGGGUACAGUAUAUAGAAACAUGAAAAUUUAACAAAAGUGGAAAAAUACCCUUGUAAAUUUGGAUGCCAAUUUAAAGUAAUAUAAUUUGAUCUAUGUUCAUAUACGUAUGCUUAACCCUUUAGCUGCAGGUAGUUGGGGAGGUGGUAGCCUAAUUAUUGCAGAGGAGUAAUUACUAUGGCCAAAAUAUAUUUUAUCCUAUAGGUAACUGGUCAGCUGUGCUGUAGUUUAUUAUAAUAAAUAUAAAUAUAAAAAAAAUAAUUGGGGUAUCCAUGUAUUAAAGCCAGAAGAUAAGAGGAAUCAGUUGAAGGUAUGAAUUGCAAGUCUGGAAAAAUUAUUCAUAAACAGAUGAAAGUAUUGUUUUCCAAAAUUUGAUGGGAGAUUCAAUCAUACUUUAAUCUCCAAAAUUUAUUUCUUGUAAAGGUUUGUGUACAACCUAGUCACAGCAAGAAUGCAUUUAUGUACAGUAGGCACAAAUAUGCACUGAAUGUCUGUUGUGAUAACAUGGUGGUUGAAAUUUAGCUGAGUAAUGGCCAGAAGUCAUUACCUCUUCUAAAAUUCUGGUCAACAUAUUUCACUGAAUUUAGUCAACUUUAGCUUUGACACAAUAUGAUGUCAAUGUUUUAGGUGAACUGAAUACAUUGUUUUAUUGCUCGAUUCUGCUUUUCUGUGCAUUUUUGUAUAUAAUUUUGCUUUGAUUUCGUAAUAAUUAUAUACUUCAUAUAUUACAAGUAUAUUUGACAGAAAGCACAAAGGAUGAACAAGGUAAAGUAGCUUUCUAUUAUUAACAGGUAUACAAGCAACUCUUGAUUGUCACAGUAGAAACAAAGUGAAUGCACAAAAUAGAAAGCAGUUACUAAUAUCUCUCUCACUUAUGGACACUACUAAAAAAGCAUCUGAAUUGCAUCAGUUAUAUGCUUUUAAAUAUUGCUACCACUCUGGGGAAUUUCAUCCACAUCAUAGGUGAAUAGUACAGUAUCUUAUAACAAAGUUUGCCAGGAAAACCUGGUCAUGAUGGAUCUGUUAGUUUUGGCUCUUAUGGUAUUUGCUUGGGUUUCUAUUUUGAUUACUUUUACUUUGCAAGUGGAGGUUGGUUGUUAUCCAUUUGUAAGGAUAAGGAUUAAGGAAUGUGGCUUUGUAGCAAAUGCUAUGUUGCCUGUGAUGAUGAAAUGGAUAGUUGAGACUUAACUUGUAUGAAAUUCUGCCUCCAUUCCUCUCUACUAUAGAGGAUUUACCUUUGUUAGUCAUGUAGGGUACAUUGUGAUUCAAGUACAGCAUGAUAAAUGAGAGUGAGACACAGUAAUGCACUUCUUGGGGGGAAAACCAGGGCAGAUAAACAAGAUGCUUGAGCUUUGGAAGGUCACUGUUACGUGAUGUACCAAAUUUUAAUGCUAGUUUACAUUGAUGACAGCCUGUAUUAGCAUCUAUGCAUGGGAAGCAAACCUGGAAAUAAAGAUAUAACUUAUCUGUCAUUAUAGUUUAAUAAAGAAGACUGAUGCACAAACAUAUGCCUAAGCUUAAACACCAAUUACAUACAACACUUGCAAAAGUUUUAACCAUGAUUUUGGAAGAAUGCACAGGUUGAAAGUAAUAUUCUAUGCUUGAUCAUCCAAAAAGUGCAUGAACAAGAAUCAGAUUUACAGCAUCCAGAAUGACUGUUGUACUUCUUUAAUCAAAUUUAAAACUAAAGGUGUCUUAGAGAUGGAAGUUAUAUCAACUUGGAAUGUUUCUCUGAUUACCAAAGUGGUAAGGCAUUUCAAGGCCAUGGUUGGUACUUAGUAUAAAUAGAAAUUUUUUAAAGACAAAACUGAAAUGUAUGAGCAUUUGUUCUAUAUAUUUACUUGUCUGACAAGUUAAUUUAAACUUACAACCAGUCAAUGGGGAAAUUAUCACUUGCAAAUCAGGAACUAUCUGUCCAGUAUUACUUGUUUGACCCAUGGAUUUUUUAUAAACCACUCAUGACCCAUUUCAUGAAUGUAGAGAAAUGCUUAGGUGUUCUAUGGUUAAACAGAUUUUGUUUCAAUUUCCCAUUUUUCAGUGAGCAGAAAACAGCAAAUCUGAAUUAACCAUUUUAAGGAAACUGUAUUCGAAUCAUAAAUAUUGCAUACUUGCACAGUUGUACCUAUAUUUGUGAGUAGUAUUUAUUUAGUCAUUGGUGGUUUUCCUUUGAUCCUUGAAAGGAGCCAGUGGACUGUCUGUGAAUUUGAUUAAGCUAAUAAUUUAUCAGUUACUUUCUGGACCAUAUUAUUUUAUCAAGGACCAUGUUAUUUUAUCAUCAUCAUUUGAUCCAGAAAUGUCCAAAUGGUCAUAUGUUGCUUUCGACUGCUGCCAUGACCAAAAUGUCAUCUUUGGUUGCAAAGGAAUGACAAAAGUAACUCAGGAUGCAUAAAAAAAAGUAACAGCUUGUUUGUAGUGAAAUGGUGUAUGGAAGGUAGUCAAGUAACAAAUCAAAUUAUAACUAAAAGCCCAUCUAGAAAUUAUUUUAUUAAUAUCUGUAAAGUAUAAUACCUUAUGAGCAGUACCUAAUUUUGAAGUAAGCCCUACGUUAAAUGAGAAACAUCUGUAUAUAGGUAUGUAUGUAUGUGUAUGAGUGCAUGUCUGUAUAUGUGUAAAUACAAGGGGAUGCAUACCAGACCCCCUCACCCCUGCGAAUAGUUAGAACUCAUAAAUAGUUGGAACCCCUAUAAAAACAGUUAAAACCUCCUCCCAUUUUGUUAGUUAAAACUCAAGAAAAACCCACAAAAAAUUUUUAUACCCUGUUUUUUAAUAGUUUUAUCACAAAAAGUGUAAUUUGUGAUGAAAUUGAUAAAAAAAAAUUAUGGGUAUUUCUCAUAAAAAAUAUCACAGGCAAAUUUUUAGCGAAUAAUGGGGGGAAGUGUUCCAGAGAGAAAUCUGCAAAUCCAGAGAAUGUGAAUACAGGGGUCCAUUGUUUAUGUUCCUGUAAGUACUGUACAUGCAUUCAUAAGUCGUAUGUGCAUCAAUAGGAAAAAAUAAAUUCUUAGAGUAUCAGAGAGAUAAUAUUUGGUGGUCUGGUAAAAAGAUAUACAUUCUGUAAUAGCAAUGAUAACCACCUGAUAGCAUAGGUAACAUGAAAAGUCUUUGAAUCCAAGGGAACACAAAGUACAAUAUUAUCACACCCAGAAUGAUUAAGGGGUAAGGACAAUGAUGUACAUAGGGUGCAUUUUAAUUUACAAAUGUACUUGAGGAAAUAUAUUGAUUGUGUUUGAAGCUUUCUUUUGCUCAUUUUCUUAUUUACAUUUUUUUCAUAAUUAUAUGGAGUCUGCUUCAAUAAUACCACCAUCUGUUUUGUUAAUGUGAAAAAUAUGCUUAAACAAUGCACAAUACCUUCAACUAUUUUAAUGUCAAAACAAGAGGCUUCAACAGUGCACAAUACCACCAUUUGCUUUCCAAGUGUCAAAAUAAGAUUAAAAAAAAAACAUAAAACAAGUCACAAUGAAGAUUUUAGUUCAUCUACUAAAAGAAGAUUUGAGUUCACUCCUCCUAUCAACAAGUUCCAAAACCAGUUGUUAGCCCAUGCAAAAAUUGGUAUUAGUGAAAAGUUAAGGUAGCUUAGGAUUGUUGGAGUUUACUUUAGAUGACCAGAUUUUUUUUUUUUAAUCAUUUAUUAUGAAACAAACUUUAUAGACAAGACAGUAAAGUUUGUAAUAGAAAUCGUAACCCUUCAACCCUAGGUUAACAUAACAUAGCUUCAUAAAAUUUAAUUAAAAUUUUACUUUGUAAGAGUAUAAUUACAUUUUCACAAGCCAUACUCUGUAAAUCAGUUGCAUUCACAGUCGUCGUCUUGUGAAAAUGUAUGCAGGUGCAUUUUUUAAUACCUCAUUUAAGUCUUCAUAUCUCUCUCUCUCUCACAUUGUUCUUGUGGUUUGUCUCAGACUUAUUGGUUAUAAGUAUAAGAGGGUGUAGUGUGUUAAAGUUCUCAAACAUUGUGAAAAGCACUUUUAAUGCUGCAAUGUAGCACAUCAAUCAGGAACACAGUAGCUUUUAUAUUCUUUGAUGUACCCAGAGAACAGGAUCUUUCAUUGUGAAUCCCAAAUGGAUUGCUCAAUAUUUUUGUAGUAGAUGACACUGAAAACCAUAGUUUUUAAUGAAGUAACUUACCCAGUUAUUAUAUAGCUAAAAGUUUCUACAAAUUGACAGCUAAGAUUAUUUAAAAUUUGCGAGUUGCGCUAUUUCUAGUGGCUAGGUGACAAACCCCACCCACUUUUGGGGCUAGAGAGGAACAACCAGCAAACAUGGCCUCAAUUUUGUUUCUGCUGGCUGAUGGUUGUAGUUCAACUGUUAUCUCAGGCUGAAUUUUGGGAAUUUGUUCUAUCGUUGUUGUAUUACCUUCGGUUUGGUGAAGUAUUCUGAUUUUGUAUUGCCUUUUGGCACAUUUAGAUAAAGUUAGGCUCUGUUAUUUUGAACCUUUUAUUAAUGAUUGUGACUUUACCAAUAACGACGUUUUCGGACUUGAGCUUAGUAUGUCGGGCUCUAGCAGUUCCGGUAUUAGGUAUUGCAGCAAAGGUUGCAAUACCCGUAUGACUAAGGAAUCUUAUGAGUCACACUAUUUGCGCAGAUUUUAGGGGACAAGUUUGUUCAACAGACAUUAGAUGUGUGAUGAUUGUCAAGAUUGGGACUUGCAUAAAUGGAAGACCUUGAAAUCAUAUUUACGUAAACUGGAAAGGGAUAGAGAAAGAAAAGUGACAGCUAGACGGAUUAGGAAAGCUUUGGUUAGCCAGGAAUCACAUCAGGAUGAUAUUAUUGAUGAUGUUAAUGUUGUUGAACUGGUUAUUGCUAUUGAUCCUGUUCCUAACUCUCACCCUGCACCUGCUCACUCCUUUUCCUCCCAGCUCCCUUAAUUCCGAACCCAACACCAUUGCCAGUCUCGAAAGUAGGGUUGAUAAGAGGUACGAAUCUUUUGCCAAAUCUCUCUCUCAAUUAGCUUCCUCUCUUAAGGUAUUAAUGAAUGAUAGGAUUGUUUUGGAGCGUGCGGUAGAUCCUAGCAUUCGUGAUGUGUUAGUGGAGCACUUAGUGCAAGUACAGUGUAUGAGGAGGUGGCCUCCCAGCCUGCCGAUUCUCCUAGGCCAAGUCAAUGACACUCUCCCCAGCACCUGGGAGGAGUCAAACUGGGAGCCUAAAGGAGGUUGGUGGGGUCUGCAUCCUGGUUGUUGCCCCCGCUGCUGAACCUGUUGCAAAAUACAGUUGUCAGCUAAAUGCCAUUGGAAAGGCAUUUCUUUGGAUGUUCAUCAACUUUCUUUGAGCUUGGAUGAAUUUUCGCCUUGAUGUCAGUGGCGUUUUUUGGAUGCUUCACGCCCUUUGAAAAGACCUGCUAGGUAUGUGACUCUUGGGCAUUCCACUAAGGUGUUAGAGAUGUGUAUUUCUGGUGGUAGAAGUUUACUCUCGACGUUGUUUGGAAGUCACGUAAUGCCAUUGGUCCCAUUGCUGAAUAACCACUGGUUCCAUGCAACUUAAAAACACCAUACAAACAAACAAACACUAGGCAUGUGUCAUGUUCUCCUGUACUGUGUAAGAGAACUAGGGAUCCACCUACUAGUCCUCAGCCUUCCUGCAGUUGCUGGGAAAGCCCAGAGCAUUUUUUGUCUGGCUUUCCAGUUGCAGAAAGUUAGAAUGCUCCUUCUAAGUGCCAUUUGUCUUGCAAGCGUUCUUCAUCUCAGAGAUUGUCGUCGCUGAAGCGCCCUCAGAUGCUAGGUGCGCUUAUGGCACCUGAGCUCCAAGCAGUGUCUCAGAGCUCAUUCCUUCUCCAUUUUUAGAUCAGUCGUCCUCAUCAGAGUUUUCUCAAGCGCCUGAUUGUGUACAAGCGCCCAUCUACGGAUAGAUGCUUAGUCGGCGUUACCUCUUUGGCUGCAGUAGACUACCCAGAAGCGCUCAAGCGCCCUCCUUUCCCUUGUUCAGGAUUGGAGAAAGUUAUUUCUCAUUCAGUGGAAUCUUCUUCUGGUGGUCUCCCAGCCUCUAUGUCUGUUCAUCAGUCAACUGCCCUUCAGCCAGCUCCUUCUGUAGGCCCACAGGACCCUUCUUUGGGGAUCCUAUUCAGAGCAAGCUUGACAGUAUUUAAGUUUUGCUAAAGAAGACUACUUCUACUCCUCAACCGACAGUUCAACAUCCAGUCUCAACCUUGUCUCCUGUUUCCUCGGAGGAGGAAGGGGAUGAGAAUCAGGAUUCUCGUUCUUCAGCUUAUUCUUUUUUACUGAUGUACCUUGAUUCUAACUUUUCUGAUUUCUUUUCUCCAGCGACUCCUGCGGCGCCUGCUUCCAUUUUCCUUAUGGGAGCUCGAAGUACAGGAUCCCUCCUUGCUUCCUAAUUUAGUGCCAUCUGCAUCUUCCCAGAAAGCCAUCAAUAACAUCGAUGCCUGGCUUUUGGAGAAAAGAGAUCAGGGUAAGGCCAUUUUUUGCUUUCCUCCUACAAGGCUUAAGAGAAGGCGUGGGUAUUUCGUUACCGGAGAAGCUCCUUCUUUGGGAGUUUCUGCCUCCUCCCAGGGGGACUUCUCCAGACUUGUUGAUGCCGGGAGGAGAUCGGCUUUUCUUGCAGCUAAAGUUAUGUUUAACUAUUCGGAGACGGCUCACCUCUUGAAGAGUAUUUUUAAAGUUUUUGAGGUAUUUAAUUUCCUAGACUGGGCAGUAGGAGCACUCGCCAAUAAGAUUAGGGAAUGUCCUGAUAUCGCUGAUGAGGUUUCUUUGGACUGGCUGGGGAUCCUGUCUUGCAUUGAUCAGUGCGAGUAAAGGAUGGCUCUCUGGAACUAGCUUCCUUAUAUACAAUGGGGAUUCUUAAGAAGAGGGAACCCUUGCUUCUAAGGCCGUAACACCCUCACAGAAAUCAGCAGCAUUUGUUUCCACAAGAUGUAGUUCUGGGGAUUUCAUCGGGUCUGCAGAAGAAGUGUACACAAGACCUUCUCACUCAGUUUCUUAGUCAUCCAAAAGUAGUUUUGUCUACUUCGACUAUGACAGUGUCUCCCCUUCAGACACAUCCCUUUUCGCGGAGAGAGACGAGCAGAACCUUAGAUUGUCAACGUUUUGCUAGAGGGGUAACAGAUACCAUUCAUCAAACGGCCUCCUAUAUUGAACUCUCCAGUGCCCUUAAUAGCCUACUUCAAAGGUUCAGAGAGGGCUUUAGCCUUCUCAAGAGAAAUUGCUUCUCUCAUGGAAAAAAGAGCAACAGAGGAAGUUGUAGACCUGAAUUCCCCAGGCUUUUACAAUCAUCUUUUUAUGGUGCCAAAAGUGUCGGGAGGCUAGAGACCCGUCCUGUACGUAAGAGCAUUGAAUGUUUUUGUUUUGAAGACAAAAUUGAAGAUGGAGACGAACCGGUUCAUUCUUUCAUCCAUUCAUCAGGGAGAUUGGAUGACGUCCAUAGACAUGCAGGACACAUUUUCACAUCCCGAUUCACCAGGAAUCACGGAAAUUCCUGAGGUUUGUCUCCGAAAACAAGGUUUUCCAAUUCUACUCAAUGUGUUUUGGCCUGUCUACAGCACCACAAGUAUUCACAAGAGUUCUUGCACCGCUGGGAUGAUGAUAAACUCUCGGAGUUUUGGGUUUUCCCGUCUCCAAAGAGAAUUCAAUCAUCUCUGGAAACAGUAGAAAAAUUUCUUUACUUCAAUUGCUGUUCUGCAGAUGUUUGGAUGAGCUUACUGGGGACAUUGUCCAUGAUGGAACAGUUUGUUCAUCUGGGCAGAUUGCCUCAAGACCGCUCUAUUAUUUGAGAGCCAAUUGGUACAGAAAAGUAUUCCCUGACUCAAUCAUUUUUCCUGUGACUCUGGAAAUAAAAACAUUUAACAGACUUAUGCUGGUGGAAGGUAAAGAGCAAGCUGUCGGAAGAAAAAUCCCUCCAUCCAGUGAACCCAAACCUGGAAUUCUUUUCAGAUGCGUCAAGUCUAGGUUGGGGAGCGGUUCUGGGGGACAGCAAAGUGUUGGGAAAAUGGUCUUAAAGACAGGGGAAAUGGCAAAUAAAUGUUAGAUUUGAAGGCAAUUCACCUGGGUCUUAAACAUUUCAAGGAGAAAGUAGCGGGCAAAGUUGUAACGAUACACUCAGACAACACAACUGCCAAGUGCCUCUUUAGUGUGAUCGGCAUGGUAUUGACCUGUCACCUCAGUGGCUGCAAGUUCGAUUCUUGUGCAUUCAAUUGAGGUGCUAGAGAUGUGUAUUUUUGGUGAUAGAAGUUCAUUCUUGACGUGGUUCGGAAGUUAUGUAAAGUCUUAAUGAGAUCUAUACAGGGGAAACUCAGACCUUUGGAAGUUGUGGGGAACUCCAAUCUUAAACUUGUUCUCCACAUCAAGAAACUAAUAGGCUUCCACUGUUCUGUUCUCCAGUUCCGGAUCCCCUAGCCUGGGCAACAGAUGCCAUGCUUCCCCCUCAACCCCCCCUUUCCAUGGUCAGACAAGUGAUCAACAAAUUUUGGGAACACCAAAAUGUGUCCAUGAUUUUGAUGGCUCCCUGUUGGCCAACAAAGAAUGGUUCCCAAACUUCAUCGAACUGCUGGUGGAUGUUCCAAGACUUCUGCAAAAGACUCGUCUUCUCAAACAACCCCAUUUCUGGCAAUUCCAUGAAGGGUUGUCUUCUCUGACCCUGACUGCAUUCCUAAUGUCAUAAAGAAAGGGUUUUCAAAGUCGGCUGCGCAAGCUAUCUCCAAUUGCAGAUGAGUCUCUUCUGAUAGAGUAUACCAAGCUAAGUGGACCAUUUUUAGGACAUGGUUCAGAGAAAACAGAGUAUUGUCUCCUCGGACAUCUGUAGAUGAAAUAGGAGAUUUUCUGCUGUGUCUGAAGAAUGUUAAAGGCUAUAGAGCCAUGUUGAGUUUGGUUUUCUGACAUAGAGGCUUAGAUUUAUCCUCCAACCAAGAUUUGUUGGAUUUAAUUAAAUCCUUCGACACGACAAGGCAGAAGGAAGAGGCAGUGGUUCCCUGGAAUUUGGACAUCAUAUUAAAAUGGUUACCAGGUUCACAUUUUGAGCCUAUAAGAUACUGUCUUUUGAGAGAUCUUACUAGGAAAACCCUUUUCCUAGUAACUUUAGCUACUGCAAAAAGGAUCAGUGAAAUCCACACUUUAGAUAAAAAGGUGGGUUUUUCAGGAGGGAAUGCAGUAUGCUCAUUUUCUCUAGGCUUCUUAACCAAAAAUGAAACAAUCUCUAGUCCGUGACCCCGCUCUUUCAUGAUUUAAGAGCUUGUCAGAAAUUUUAGGCUCAAGCAAACACGAGAGUUUUAUGUCCUGUGAGAGCUCUGAAGUUUUACCUUCGCAGAAUAGAGAAGAUACAGGGCCCAUCGUUGUCGUUGUGGUGUUCAGAAGUUCAUUCCCCUCUAGGGGAGGAUAAUUUUCCUUUGUGUAAAGUGAAAGCUCAUGAAAUAAGGGCCGUAGCCACGUUCAUGGAUUUUAAGCACAAUUUAUCUCUCUCUUCCAUUUUGCAAAUGAUCUUCUGAAGGUGUAAGACAGUCUUUGCAUCGCAUUAUCUUAAAUAAGUGGAAAGUGUCUAUGUAUAGUAAUUGCAGUACUGUUGGUCCUUUUUCAGUGGCUGGCAUGGUGUUGGGAGAGGAAGUAUAGGAAGCAUCCCUUCCUUCAUUUUCCGCCUUAAAUUAUGGUUUUGAUUUUAUGGGAGCCCGGGAGUACUAUAUAUACCGGAGUACCCUCCAGUUUAUUUGGUUGGGUGAUAGUAUAUUUUUAAUUUUAAUAGCUUUUGUUGACAUUUAUGUGUUCUGUUAUGUACUGUGCCCCGGGCAGGGCCACCUGGUUCUUGUCAACAAUUGGAAUCAUCCUUGCUACAAGGCACCCACUACAUAGUAGGCGACCCUUCGCUUUACUGCUGUGCCACUAUCAGAUAAAUGAGUGCCAUAUGGAGGCAGUAUCUUCAUGAAGCCACUCAUUUUUCAGGUAAGGAACUACUGGCAUUAUUGCAAUGGUAGCAAUCUUAUCAAUGUUCAAUUCAUUAUCUUACAUAAUGUGUUGGGAUAGACGAGGUCAUGUUUUCUCACCUCCUGUCAGUGUGGGACUCGGCUAUAUAAUGACUGGGUAAGUUACUUAAUUUAAAAUGACAUUUUUCCAAUCAAAUAAAGUUUUAUU